UAUGGACUAUAGAAUACAUGUACAUAAAUGCCUGCCUAAUUAGUCAUAGACGUACUAAGAACGUUUUUUGAUUACGUAGGUACGUAACGUAGGUACCUAAGUACGAACACUUUCUUCAAGUUGAUUAUCCGCAGUAGGUAAUAUAAUAUCAACGGUACAUUCAGCUUAAUAUUCAUAAUUAUAGUUAAUAAUUAGGUACACGAAUAUUUUGUUGUAUAUAAUUAGUGUAGAGACAGCCUAGCCAAAGAAUUUAAUGAACGCACGGCAGCCAAAACCACGGAAUAAUGCAAAUUAACGGCAAACAUCAACAAACCAAGUAAUUGAUUAUCUUGUUCAUUAAAAUAACUAUUAAAUUGUGCGUCUCGACAAUCCAAUCAAUUUGGUAACGCUCGGAAAUUCGUUAUUACGACGCCAUUUUGAAAAAGAAUUGUUGAAAAUGAUUUGUGUCUGAAUUUUUUUUGUACAUAAAAUGGCACGAAGAAUUGCGUGCUAUGUGAUUUUUAUAGCGUUAAUAUGGGGAGCAACCGCGGAGAGAGAAGAAAGCAUUCGAAAUCUUUUCAAAAGCAACAUGACGCGUGGUGACUUCUCGAACCUUCUGAAGUCUCUCAUCAGGUUGAACGAACAGAGAGUUAAUGUGCUACAGAAGCUGUCCAGGCUUGAGGAUUACAGCAUGCUGAGUGAGGUCCUGAGGUCUGGAGACAAGAAGGGGGACGGGAAUCUGAGCAACUUGUUCUUGGUUGUGCUGUCUAAAAACCAAAGUGACCCAUCGCGAAGAAAUAUGGGCUUCCAAGUUUUGGAUUCAGUUCCUUCGGUCAAUACAGCGAAUUUCUAUGUUGGUGGAAUAACAUUGAAUGAUUCCAAAACUGCAAAGACAACCCCUGAUUUACAAAGCAAAUAUCUCAUGAAGGAAGAAUUUAAAUCGAAUCUCGCAGAUAAUUUAAGUAUAGAGGAUAAAAGUAAUAAUCCUAUUGUUACAAGGCAUGGAUCUAGUCAUGUUAAAAAUAAAGAGCAAGAAUCAGUAGUUGCAAUGAAUGAUAUUGUUAAACCUAAAGGUAGAUUUGAAAUCGUAAGUAAUGGGGAAAAUACCAACGCGUAUAAAGCAAGCUUAGAUGGUGAAAAUAACGAUGAUGUUAUACAACUACCAGGAAAUAGUCAGAAGAGAGAACCUGCUGUAUCACAGAUUUCCUUGGAAAACGACCGCUAUAAAGUUCCAGACUUUGAAUCAGGUCCUAUAAAUUCCGAAGUACAUAACUACGAAUCUAAUGAAAAUGAUCACAAACAUUUGCAACUGACCAUACAAAACCCUUAUGAAAUUCGUGACAUUAAACAUCAUAAAUCAGGUAGAGAUGUUACUGAGGAUGGUACUAUCAAAAAAGCAAACACAAGUACAGACAAUCCAAGUGAAAUCAGUUCUGACAACAAAGACAUAUCAUUAAAUAAACAUACCCCUGUACAUCCUACUAAGCGUCGUAAAAGGCAUUCGAAACAAACCACGGUAAAAUCUGUUAAAGACAAUAAUAGUAAUAAAACAAGCCAUCAUAAAAACCGCCACAGUACUAAACAACCUAAAAUUAAUAAAAAACAAUUUAGCCCAAACGUCGAUGUUAAAAAACAUCCUCCAAUAAAUAAAGAUAAAUCUGAAGAAAAGAAAAAAGACACUAAACCUAUUCAACAGCUUCCACAGACCGAACAGAUUUCAGAAGAUUCUAAUCAGGACGCAUUCUACGUAAGUAAAGAAAACAAAAAGGAUGAUGGCCGUGAUAGUAAAAAAUCUAAAAUAAACAAAGACGAAACUAAGAAAAAUAUUCAAGGUAGUAAACAAUCCAACAUCAGAAAGAUUAAGGCUACGAAUGAGCCUCAGGUUAAAAAGGUUUCUAAAAUUAACACAGAACGAUCUGCUGAAAAUGACCGUGUGAUUACGAUUGAUUUAAAUGAACCAUUAGGCCUACAAAUGACGAAAGAUGAUUCUAGUGAAGAUGAGCGAGUCCUUAAAUAUCCUUCUGCAAAUACAGAGGAGACUGAAGAAAUCAUGCAUAAUUUUGAAUUACCUAUUGCUACAUUUAAUGCAAAUGACAAACAUAACAGUCAGCCUAAAGAUGCCAGAGAUUUGCAUCAAAGUAUACCGAUACUUAAUAGAGGCGCAUUUGAUGGUAACAUCCAAAAAACUAAAAUAUCUAAAGAUUUCGCAAGACAUGAUAUUGAUUCUAUUAGUAAAUCAGCCAUGGAUGAUUACAGAGGAUUUGAGGGAGGUCCUAGAUAUAAAAAUAACAUCCCAGCAAGAGGAAGACCACUGGCUUUGUCCGAUGAAGGCUCUGAAGAACCUAAAAAAGGCAGAGAAUCAAGAAAGACCUUCGCAAAGUGUAUAAACAAAAAAGCGCUAAAGAUGUGCACAAAGUCUUGCAAUAGCGCUUACAAGAAUGUUUGCCGAAGACUUAAGUGCACUUCUAGAUCGAAAAAAGCUUUGAAAAAAGAAUGCAAGCGCAGCUGCAAGAAGACUUUUGCUAGUAAGUCUAGUAAAUACAGCGAUGAGUCUGGUAACAGUAACAGUGACAGUAAUAGUGACAGUAACAGUAGUUAGAUAAGUAAAAGUAUAAGUCGUAAAACAAGUGUUGGCAAAAUAACAAACCAUAUAAAAAGUAUGAAUGCCGACAGCAUGUAGGUACUACAUCAAGUUUUAGAAUUUAAGAAAGAAGAAGUUGUUUUAUUAUAAAAGACUGUAUUGAUGAUUUUUUAAAUAAAUUUUCA